CCAGAGAAAUAAGAUCCAAGAAGAGAAAAAUUAUAAAGACCUUUUAAAUAUACAUAUAGCUCAUAUAUCUGCUUUUAAUUAAAACUGACUUUUAACCAUAACACUUUAAAAAUCCUCUUAAAUUUCUUAUUACCUGACUUUAGCCAGGCCAAACAAUCCAUUUUUCUGGCUUUUAAACUCUACCAAAAGUAACCUCCCAGAUGAAACCGGUAAGCCUUCACUAAGGUUAUGACUUAAUCACAAGUGCACCAGUAUUUUAAAAUAGAUGAUUAGCAGUUUUUACAAGAUUUAGAGUCUACAAGGUAGCUUGGAGAAAGGAAGAUUCAAGAAGGGAAGACAGAAGUUGUUCAUGGAGGGGAAUAAAAUCAACAAAUGGCAAAGAUCACACAAAUAUCAACCAGAAAGUACCAAUUCCCUAAACCAGAAAUUGAACCCUGAACCAGGGAUGCCACUGUGAAAAGACAAAGCCUUAACUACUAAGCUACAGCACUGGGAAGUUUCCAUUGCCAUCCCAGAAAGGGCCUAGAGCAGACAGUUUUGAGCCAAUGAAGGCUUUUAACCGCUCAAAACAAUUUUUAGAGCUAACUAUGUCAUAAACUCCAAAAUUGCUGUCCUCUGGAUGACAGAGACUAAGAGAAAGUACUGCCACGUGGUUACAAGGUCAAGCUCCCAAGGAAGUAAAACAAGAUGAGAGAGAAACCCUAUCCAGCUUAUGGAGUCCUAAGCCUGUGUUCUAUCCCAAGGUACCUCCCCUUUAUGAACGAAUAACACAGAAAGACAAAUUCAAAGCACAAAAUACACCAGAUUCGCUACAGCAUUAAGACUAGCAUGGUGAAUCCUUUUACUCAUUAAUCAAAACGUUGCAAGAGCUGGUGAUUUCUACCAUUCCUGCAACUGGUUUGUACAGAGAGAGGAACAGGAAGGGAUAAAAGUGUUGCCUGUGGUGGAGUGGGGAAGCCAAGGAGCUCAGGGAGACUAGAGAAAGACCCAGGUGGCCACUUGUCGGUAGUGAAGGAUGUUUCCUAGCAGUCCCAUCAGCUCUCAAGUUUCCCCCUUUGGGGAGAAAAAAGCUCCCCAUGUCUGGUGAUCCUGUACAUGCCUAAUCCUGUCACCCAUAGCUGACAGCAAAGAGUGCAAGGCAGAUUAAUCCAAACAGAAUAGCAGUUAACAUCCCAUAGUGUCAAAUCCACUUUUAACCAAGAAGGACUUUACUGAGAGGGGCCUCUAACCCCUAAAUCUUCGGAAGGACUCUAACCUUUCUAAAUUGGGCCUCAAACUCAAGUUCCGUUAAGCAUCCUUGCCUUUUAUUAGGAGGGACCUUAACCCUCUCUAUCUUAGGAGAUACUCUCCUAAGUUCGACCUCUAACCCAAUCUGAUCCUUUGCCUGGGCAAAACAUAUCCCAUCCCUUACCUAAAGUUGGCCAAUUGGCAGUGCUAUAGUCUAUUUCCUUUGGGUCCAUAGAAUUUUCCUCAGUAUAGUCCCUUCAUGGUUUCCAGGAAGAUGUUACUAAAAAGGAGUCCCAACCCAGACCCCAAGAGAGGGUUCUUGGACAUUGCUCAAGAAAUAAUUCAGAGUGAGUCCAUAAAGUGAAAGCACGUUUACUAAGAAAGUAAAGGAAUAAAGGAAUGGCUACUCCAUAGGCAGAGGAGCAGUGUGGGCUACUUGACUGAGUAGACUUACAGUUAUUUCUUGAUUAUAUGCUAAACAAGGGAUGGAUUAUUCAUGAGUUUUCUGGGAAAGGGUUGGGAAGUGAAGUUUCCACCCCUUUAUAAACCACAUAGGGUAACUUGCAGAUGUUGCUGUGGCAUUUGUAAACUGUCAUGACACUGAUGGGCGUAUCUCUUAGCAUGCUAAUGCAUUAUAAUUAGUGUAUAAUGAGCGGUGAGGAUGACCAGCAGUCACUUUUGUGGCCAUCUUGGUUGAGGUGGGUUUUGGCUGGCUUCUUUACUGCAUUCUGUUUUAUCAGCAAGGCCUUUGUGACCUGCAUCUUGUUGACCUCCUGUUUCAUCCUAUAACUAAGAAUGCCUAACCUCCUGGGAAUGAAACCCAGUAGGUCUCAGCCUUGUUUUACCAAACCCCUAUUCAAAAUGGAGCUGCUCUGGUUCAAAUGCCUCCAACAAGACCAAUCUUUAAACAUUAGCGCAGUGCCACGUUUUUGUUCCCAGGACAAGUCAAGAAUCCAUGAGGGUAGCAGGUAUUGCUAGCAUUAUUCAUAUACCUUUGCUUUAAACUGCUUUCUGUAUCAUUGUAGGGGCACAUCUACCAUUCUUGAUUUUCCAGGAGCUCUGACUCUUUCUGUCAACAUACAAGAUGUACAGAUUCUGUUAAAAGGACUGCAAGGACUGGAUUUUGAGGAAAUGAUAUAAGGAAUUACUCACAGCUGUGCUCUGUGCAUUCUCUGUGGGCCUAGCAGGGAAGAGGACAGCCCUGUGGCAAUGGGCAUGACACGGACGCUCCUGGAAUGCAGUCUCAGUGACAAGUUGUGUGUCAUCCAGGAGAAGCAGUAUGAAGUGAUUAUUGUCCCAACCUUCUUGGUUACUAUCUUCCUCAUCCUUCUUGGGGUCAUCCUGUGGCUUUUUAUCAGAGAACAAAGAACUCAACAGCAGCGUCCUGGACCUCGAGACAUUGCCCCUGUCCCUCCGUCUAGGGACCUAAGCUGGGAAGCAGCUGGACAUGGAGGAAAUGUGGCUUUGCCACUUAAGGAGACAUCAGUGGAAAACUUUCUGGGAGCUACACCUGCCCUGGCUAAGCUGCAGGUGCCGCGGGAGCAACUCUCUGAAGUUCUGGAGCAGAUUUGCAACGGUAGCUAUGGGCCUAUCUUGCGAGCCAAUAUGAACACUGGGGACGCUUCUAAGCCCAAGAGUGUUAUUCUCAAGGCUUUAAAAGAACCAGCUGGGCUCCAUGAGGUACAAGAUUUCUUAGGGCGAAUCCAAUUCCAUCAAUACCUGGGAAAACACAAGAACCUAGUGCAGCUGGAAGGCUGCUGCACUGAACAGCUGCCGCUCUAUAUGGUGUUGGAGGAUGUGGUCCACGGGGACCUGCUCAACUUUCUCUGGACCUGUCGGCGGGAUGUGAUGACCAUGGAUGGUCUUCUCUAUGAUCUCACAGAAAAACAAGUAUAUCACAUUGGAAAGCAAGUCCUUUUGGCGCUGGAAUUCCUGCAGGAUAAGCAUUUGUUCCAUGGAGAUGUGGCAGCCAGGAAUAUCCUGAUCCAAAGUGAUCUCACUGCUAAGCUCUGUGGAUUGGGCCUGGCUUAUGAAGUUUACACCCGAGGGGCCAUCUCCUCUACUCAAACCAUACCUCUCAAGUGGCUUGCCCCAGAACGGCUUCUCCUGAAACCUGCUGGCGUCAGAGCAGAUGUCUGGUCUUUUGGGAUCCUGCUCUAUGAGAUGGUGACUCUAGGGGCACCACCGUAUCCUGAAGUCCCUCCUGCCAGCAUCCUACAGCAUCUCCAAAAAAGGAAAAUCAUGAAGAGACCCAGUAGCUGCACACGUACCAUGUACGGGAUUAUGAAGUCCUGCUGGCGCUGGCGUGAGGCUCGCCGCCCCUCACCUAGAGAGCUGCGCUUGCGCCUAGAAGUUGCCAUUAAAACUGCAGAUGACAAGGUUGUGUUACAAGUACCAGAGUUGGUGGUACCUGAACUGUAUGCAGCUGUGGCCGGCAUCAGAGUGGAGAGCCUCUUCUACAACUAUAGCAUGCUUUGAAGAGUCCCGGGCAACAAACAUUCAUGCAUGAUUAUAUGUUCUUGGAAUCAAUUCCUCUAAGAACAGAGAAUGGUCUUUCCAGGGGACACAAAGGAAGAAAUGGGACAUGGAUUCUUGAUCUUCCUUUGCACAUUUCUCGGGAAAUCUAAAUGAUGCUGGAUGAGACUCUGCACACCCUGAGCUAAGACAUACUGUCAGUCUCACUUCUGCUGUUCCAGUCCUAGAAAUCCUGGGUAGAAGUGGUAGACGUGUGCAAAGGAGGUUUUAGAACUCUGCAGUAUUUGUUGGGGCAUGACACAAAUAAGCUCAUCCCUCCCAUCCUAGGCUAGUUUCCUCUGGAACCACGUAUUUCUCUAGAUGAUUACAAGGUCCAGAAAAUUUGGAAUGAAAUGAAGGAGUAGAAAUCCAAUAAAAGAGUUGAAGGAAGAGAAAAUUUAAGGUUCUUCUUGCUCAGGAUUACAGAUGUGGACCAACACCUCCUUCAAGAAAAGGUGGUAGGACACAAAGUUCUUCAGUCCUGAGCCCUCCAUGUAGGGUUGGAAGAGAACUAUAAUGGAAAAACCUCUGAGUUUCACCUUAGGUAUAGAAAAAAGAAAGAUGGUCCCCUUUUAUCUGAUUCUGAAACAGGUAAACUCUGUCACUAUGUUUAAUUAGAAGAUGGAGGAGUCAUUUCAUGAUUAAGAACAUUCAACAUGUAUUGUUCAUUAAGCUAGCUUCCUAGUUCCAAUUAGACUAAGGAGACUAAGCCUAGAGAGUCAAUGUUAGAACAGUGAUAAGAAUGCUGUGUGUGUGUAUGUGUGUGUGUGCACAAUAAAUAGGAAAUGUAGAAACUAAGCAAGAAGGCCUUGUAGCUCAGUCUUUAACAAGGGCUAGAAAAGAAUGUAAUCUGAUAUGGAAGGAUAGCAGCUUCUAAUUUUCAAUCAUCCAUUGAUAUACUGUGAAACUUAUUUUAUUAAAUUAAUAUUUAUUAAAUGGAAAUAUGUUUUUCUGGUUUAUAACUGCUAAAAAGAUCAUAUGGAGGAUAAAUGUAAAUAAAUGAAAGUUAAUGUUAAUAGAAAAAUUCAAGAGAGAACGUACAAUAUCAGAAAAGGGACUCUUUAUGUGUAAAUGUGGAUAGUACCUGUCUCACAAGGUUGUUCUGAGGACUGGUAUGUACUGAGUAUGUAUUUGUACACUAUCUGGCACAUAUAUGCUCAAUAAAUGUGUUUCUCCUUUUCUUUUGCUUUUCCUAA